UACCUGGAAUACAAAUUUAGUAUUAACCCCCCUAGAAUAAUUAAAAAUUAUAUUUUAUUGAUUUCAAAUGUAAAAACCUAUGCCAUAACUUCAUCAUAACACUUUUGAUAUAGUACCUCCUUAUUUUCAGAAUUUAUUAUUUUCAGGUACCUUGCCACUGGGAACAGCUUCAUUUCGUUACACUUUGAAUAUUUAUUGGGUGCCAGCACAAUUGGUCACAUCAUUAAAGAUACUUGCUCAAAAUUGUGGACAUGUUUACAACCAAUACACAUGCCUACCAAAUCAGAGGAAGAUUGGAAGGAGAUAGCAAAACAAUUUUACUUGCGAACGAACUUCCCAAAUUGCAUUGGUGCCAUUGACGGCAAACAUAUAAGAAUUCAGAAGCCAAAUCACUCUGGAUCUCUUUUUUACAAUUAUAAAAAUUACUUUUCGAUUGUGUUACUUGCUGUAGUAGACGCAGACUAUUGUUUUACAGCAAUCGAUGUAGGAUCUUACGGUAGUAACAGUGAUUCAAAUAUUCUGAAAAACUCCGCACUAGGUGCAAAGUUGAUUGAUGGCAAACUGAACAUCCCUCAAGCUCAAACUCUUCCUAAUGACGAAAAUGGAAAACCUAUGCCAUUUGUUAUAGUUGGAGAUGAAGCAUUUGCUACAUCAAGAAAUAUAGUGAGGCCUUAUCCCAGGAAGAAUUUAUCCAUGAAACAAAGAGUAUACAACUACAGAAUGUGCCGUGCUCGAAGAAUGGUGGAAUGCACGUUUGGUAUUUUAGCCAACAAAUGGCGAAUUUUCCAUCGGCCAUUGAAUGUCCAAACGAACUUAGCGGAUGACAUUAUUAAAUCAUCCUGCGUUCUCAACAACUUUGUAAGAAGAAAAGAUGGUAUUCGAGUUGAAGAUGAAUGCUAUGAGUGUCCGCUGGUAUGUAUACAACAAGUCGGUGUACGGGGUACCUCUUCAGGUAUCGAAGCAAGAGACUACUUGGCAGAUUACUUCAUUUCACCUCAAGGCUCAUUACCUUGGCAAUACGACCAUGUUUAAAUCAAUAAGAAGAAGUUGGCAUAAUAAUACAUGGAAGUGAUUUACAGAAGAAACCUCUGUUUAAAAAAUUGUUUAAUACAUGUUAAGAGUAACUAAAGUUUAAUAAUUUCAUUAUUAAUCAUUUAUACAACCAUAUCUUGUUAGC